GCGCCGGGGGUGGCGGGCGGCGGGGCGGGCGCAGGAUGAGGGCGGCCAUUGCUGGGGCUCCGCUUCGGGGAGGAGGACGCUGAGGAGGCGCCGAUCCGCGCAGCGCUGCGGGGGAGGUGCCCGCGCCGACGCGGGGCCCAUGGCCAGGACCACCAGCCAGCUGUAUGACGCCGUGCCCAUCCAGUCCAGCGUGGUGUUAUGUUCCUGCCCAUCCCCAUCAAUGGUGAGGACCCAGACUGAGUCCAGCACGCCUCCUGGCAUUCCUGGUGGCAGCAGGCAGGGACCCGCCAUGGACGGCACUGCAGCCGAGCCUCGGCCCGGCGCUGGCUCCCUGCAGCACGCCCAGCCUCUGCCGCAGCCUCGGAAGAAGCGGCCUGAGGACUUCAAGUUUGGGAAAAUUCUUGGGGAAGGCUCUUUUUCCACGGUUGUCCUGGCUCGAGAACUGGCAACCUCCAGAGAAUACGCGAUUAAAAUUCUGGAGAAGCGACAUAUCAUAAAAGAGAACAAGGUCCCGUAUGUAACCAGAGAGCGGGAUGUCAUGUCGCGCCUGGAUCACCCCUUCUUUGUUAAGCUUUACUUCACAUUUCAGGACGACGAGAAGCUGUAUUUCGGCCUUAGUUAUGCCAAAAACGGAGAACUACUUAAAUAUAUUCGCAAAAUCGGUUCAUUCGAUGAGACCUGUACCCGAUUUUACACGGCCGAGAUUGUGUCUGCUUUAGAGUACUUGCACGGCAAGGGCAUCAUUCACAGGGACCUUAAACCGGAAAACAUUUUGUUAAAUGAAGAUAUGCACAUCCAGAUCACAGAUUUUGGAACAGCAAAAGUCUUAUCCCCAGAGAGCAAACAAGCCAGGGCCAACUCAUUCGUGGGAACAGCGCAGUACGUUUCUCCAGAGCUGCUCACGGAGAAGUCCGCCUGUAAGAGUUCAGACCUUUGGGCUCUUGGAUGCAUAAUAUACCAGCUUGUGGCAGGACUCCCACCAUUCCGAGCUGGAAACGAGUAUCUUAUAUUUCAGAAGAUCAUUAAGUUGGAGUAUGACUUUCCAGAAAAAUUCUUCCCUAAGGCAAGAGACCUCGUGGAGAAACUUUUGGUUUUAGACGCCACAAAGCGGUUAGGCUGUGAGGAAAUGGAAGGGUACGGACCUCUUAAAGCACACCCGUUCUUCGAGUCCGUCACGUGGGAGAACCUGCACCAGCAGACGCCUCCGAAGCUCACCGCUUACCUGCCGGCCAUGUCGGAAGACGACGAGGACUGCUAUGGCAACUAUGACAAUCUCCUGAGCCAGUUUGGCUGCAUGCAGGUGUCCUCGUCCUCCUCCUCACACUCCCUGUCAGCCUCGGACGCGGGCCUGCCCCAGAGGUCAGGCAGCAACAUAGAGCAGUACAUUCACGAUCUGGACUCGAACUCCUUUGAACUGGACUUACAGUUUUCUGAAGAUGAGAAGAGGUUGUUGUUGGAAAAGCAGGCCGGCGGAAACCCUUGGCACCAGUUUGUAGAAAAUAAUUUAAUACUAAAGAUGGGCCCGGUGGAUAAGCGGAAGGGUUUAUUUGCACGACGACGACAGUUGUUGCUCACAGAAGGACCACAUUUAUAUUACGUGGAUCCUGUCAACAAAGUCCUGAAAGGUGAAAUUCCUUGGUCACAAGAACUUCGACCAGAGGCCAAGAAUUUUAAAACUUUCUUUGUCCACACGCCUAACAGGACGUACUAUCUGAUGGACCCCAGCGGGAACGCACACAAGUGGUGCAGGAAGAUCCAGGAGGUUUGGAGGCAGCGAUACCAGAGCCACCCGGACGCCGCUGUGCAGUGACGUGGCCUGCGGCUGGGCUGCCCUUCGCUGCCAGGACACCUGCCCCAGCGCGGCUUGGCCGCCAUCCGGGACGCUUCCAGACCACCUGCCAGCCAUCACAAGGGGAACGCAGAGGCGGAAACCUUGCAGCAUUUUUAUUUAAAAGAAAAGAAGAAAAAAAACACCCAAACACACAAAGAACAAAACCAGUAACAAACACAAAGGAAUUCAGGGUCGCUUUGCUUGCUCUCUGUGCUCCGUGGAGGCCUCCGUGUGCCCUCGUUGCCGUGGGGACCCAGCUCCGUGCACGUCAGCCCAGUCCCGCCCAGACUAGUGGACAGACCUGGUGUCAGCAGCUUCUCCUAGCAUCAGUCCGAACCAUGUGCCCGCCCUGCCCCAACUGUGUGCUGGUCCUGCUGUGGCUGAGGGGACCGGGUGUGUUUGGCUCUUUAUGCCCCUCCCGCUGUGGUCCUGGAACUCUUCACCAGGGAGGGAGCCUCUGUAGCCCUGCAGGGGGGCCGCAUCUCUCUGUGGAGGGAGCCUCUGUGCUUCUGUCACGUGCUCCCUUUCUUGCGUCUCCCUGUGAUUGGCCCUUAGGCCUGGCUGGGCCCAUUGCGUAUCCCUGUGGUGGCUCUGGUGGCAGGCUUUCUGUGGCCCCUGCUGUGUUGGCAGGCAGAUUUGCGUGGUGAGGAGCAGAGGGGUUGGAGUGGUGCGGGAGCAGGCUGCCAAGUGGAGGGUGCCAUCGAGGGCUCCGGAUCCCUUGUCCUACUUAGCAGUGUUGGUCUUUGGGGCUGGAAGCCGAGCGCAUGCUGGGAGCGGUACUGUCAGAAGUGAGCUGGCUCACUGCACGAGAGAGUCCUGCCCCAAGCCCUAGGUGGGGCCAGGAGGUGUCUUGGAGAAUCCAGCCAGAGCAGAGAGGGCCGCUGACUUCUGUGUGGAUGAGAGAGGCCUGAGGGCCUCCUAAAAGGUUUAAAUGUCCACGCCUCCCCAGUUGCUGAAGUAGGGUCUGAGAGAACCCUGGCAUCAGCAGACCCAGGGUGCUUCUGUCUCCUGCAGACCACACCAGGGAGUGCAGACACCACCAUCACACACGCCCCUUUUGUGUUGUGGUUAAAAUUUCUCAGAGCCCACUCAGAGUUUCUACAUCUCUGCAUGAGAAAUCUCACAGCCUUCUCAUGCUGCCGGCUCAUCUGGUCCCAUAAAGAGUGGACUUUGCCAGUUGCUGUUGCACUGGAGGCGAGAACAGCGCACUUCAACCCCAGCUUGCUGGUCGGCUUCCCUCUGUAGGGAGCCGGUUUUGGGGCCGUUUCCCUUUGAUGCUUUGGUGGCCUUGCCCUGCUCUACAGCACAGACAGGCCAGAUGCAUUUGUCCUUUGCCUAGUUACUCCCCAGGCAGAGAGUGCUCCUGGUAGCCUGGCAGGUCUGGGCCUUUCUCUCCCUGCCCAGGUUGUCCCUGGAGGGCAGCCCUCAGUCCCGUUGGGGAAGAGGCAGACAUUGCUGCCCACAGACCUGCCUCUGACUCAACUGUGUCCACCCUCCCUGGUCCCUACCCUCAAGUCACAGAUGACUCAGCGGUGACCCUGUGUCCCAGGCCAGAUCCAAACUGAGAGGGAAGGUGUCCUUUUUACACUGCUAAUGACGAGAGUGGCUCCUUUUAGCUAGGCGAGUGCAGAUGGGGGCCUGGGAGGGGGCAGAGAUGUUCCCCAGGCCCUGCCUGCGGUUCCUGCCUGGGCCUUGGCUGCUGCCGUGUGAGAGCUGCAUGUGAGCCUGUGACUGUGAGCUGGGGUGAGCUGGGCCGCACUUGCCCUGGGGCGCCAGGGAACAGGACGCUCGGGGGCCCAGCACGUUGCCCUGGGCCUGUGGCUGGAGUCGGAGUCCUCUCUCCUCCUCCUGGCUUUGGGAAAGGCUUGGCUGUAUUGGGAAGUCUCUCUUAGCCCUUUCAGAAAUUUCUGUUCAGGCUUCCUCCUCCUCAUCAGCUAUUUUACCUAUCUCAGAACAUCCUGUGUCUCCAUGUAGGAGAGUGGCUCUCUCAGGGCGUCUGGUUAUAGGGAAACAAGCGGAGCAGGGACGUGGCUUUGAUUGGAGCACUCGGCUGGGCUGCUUGGGGAGACUCUUCCGUGCGUUCUUCCUCUGGAUAGAACCACCACCUCCUGGGCGUCACUGACAAGCUCCAUCUUAACCUCCAAAGCCACAGAACUACGGGCUCAGAGCCAAAGCUGGCAGCCGACAGCUGAAAUGAUGCCAUUGCCUGAGCUAAUGACAGCCAGGCUGUUCUGUGGGUCACCUUUCUCCUCACCCAGCCCCUUGCUCUUUUUAAAGGCCCGUGUGUUUUCUUUCCUUAGCCUGUGCUUGCUCGUGUCUACUCCAGUUUUAUCUAGCACAUCCUUAGAGCCAUCACCUGGCAUGCAGGCGCCUUCCAUUCUACGGUAGAACGUGGGGUACCGUGUGUGCACAUAGACACACUUAUGUGGAAUUACAGUUGUGGGUUUAUCCAAGAUGAGGAAGAUUUCACCUGCUGUUUAAUAGACCUGGGGCCAGGUGCCUCCCCACACGUGGGCAAGGACAGGUGGGAUGUCAGGACCGCACUGUGCGUGGCCUCUGGGCACAAAGUGGAGGGAGGCUGUGGUUGCUGCCGGCCCAGGUGCCCCACGUGCCCUGCCUUUCUGUGGGACACAGUUGGGGGCCAGCUUCUGAGGGACUCUUUUCUCCCCUCUUUGUGUGGCCCCAGCCAGGGCGGUGGGCAGUCUUGGUGUAGAGCACAGGGGUCUCCACCCUAGCGAGAUGGCUCUGUACCACGGCUACCAUGUGGAACCUUAACUUGCGGAAGGCUUGUUAACAAUUGUUUUGAGAGAGAUGGCUGGUCAUGCCACAGCUGCUGGGGACUCCGCCUCCUCCAGCCCUCUUGGGACACACUGUGGGAUUUGUGGCCCUCCCCAGAGGAAUUGUGGAGACUGUCCCAUGGCACAAACCCCCAGGCACCAGCACAGGGCUCUGGGUGACUCAAAACUAACAUUUGUCUCUGACAAGAUCAGCUGUAGGCUCACCGGCCAGAGAAGACCACUGUGAGCAUUUUGCCCUAUAUCCUGCCCUGCCAUUUGUUCACUUUUUAAACUAAAUUGGGAACAUCCGACACACCGUUUGCAUCGUCUUCUCCCUUGAUAUUUUAAGCAUUUUCCCAUGUCAUGAGUUUCUCAGAAACAUGUUUUUAACAAUUGUAGUGUUUAGUCAUUGUCAUUUACUAUCAUUUAUCUGACCAUUUCCCUGCUGUAAAAUACUUAAGAUGGUUUCUGAUUUUUCCACUAUUUAAAUAAUGCUGCGAUGAAUAUCCUUAAAAUCUUCUGAUUUCUUACUUUUUUUCCCCUUAGAUGCCUAGAAGUGGUAUUUUGAGGUCAAAGAGUUUGUUCAUUUUAAAGAUAUUUCUGUCUCUCUCUCGACCUGAUGUUUAGAUGCUCAGAGUUCCAGUGGCAGAAUCACUUUAGUUGUGUCUUACAGAUUCUGAACAAAUCAGUUUCUGAUAAGCCGUGUGUUCCAAAGAAUGUCUGAGUAAGACCGCUCUUUAUUUAAAUGCUAAGAGGAUGUCAUUACUGCAAUCCAUUUGUGGCCGAUUUUUUCCAAGAGCCAAUUUCCUUGUUUUGGUUGCGAGAACCUGGCUCCGCCUGCAUGUCAGCUCUCUGCCAUCCCUGCUGCGGUGGCUUUCAAGCGCUUGGCGAUAUUUUCAGAAUCUUGUCCUUUGUGUCCACAAUGGUACUGAAUUUGCAUCUGUACAGUCAGCAGAGAUAACGAGUGUUGAACUGACCUUGCCACAUGCUUAGUGAGUGACUUGUAAUUAAGUUUAUAGACUCAGAAAGUACAUUAGGCCAUUUAGAAUCAGUAGCAGAGCAAAGCCUCUACUUGAAAAAAACCACGUAGCUGAUUGGGUUUUACAAAGAGUGCAUUUGUCUCCCCCUUCCGCCCCCCUUCAGGUCUUAGUGGCUCAGAAGAGCCCGGCAGCCAGGCUGGCUUUUUCAUUGUAGGGCGUGGUUGUCCCAGCUGGUGUAGAUUUCAGGCCGCCUCCCCCAACUCCCUGCCCAGAGUGUUGCAGAUUGCCUGGCUGGCGGCAAGUCCAGACCACCCAAGUUUGGUUGGAUUCUUCAUUUCUCCACUUUAGUUGGGGUCUAUUGAUUGUGCAGGGGAACGUGGGCGGGGGGGGGUUUCUAGGCACCGCGUUUAGUGCUGCUUCACUCUACCAGAGAUUAUAGCCAAAUUGCACGGAAUUUGGUUUCUUGCCCUCCUCUGAAGCCUGAGGCCCCCUCGCCUGGCUGGUUGACAGACCCCGGGUGCUCACUGCUGAGACUUCAGAGAUCGCAGCUGCUGUGAGAAUACGGUGAAGGUACUAUGUUCUGGAAGAUGUUGUCCUACACUUUUCCCCAGUUAUUUUCAAACCUGACAUGAACCUAUGUUGACUCACUGGGUGGGGUCCCUUCUCACGCAGCACACGUGGCAAGUGCCUGAAUCGGUGCUGGAGGCACUUCAGAGCCUCUGAGGAGCCACCACUUCUGGCCCAAAAUUGCAGGGUUGUAGAUGAGGCUGCCUGUGGAGAACUGGUGUGAGGAGGAAGCUGUUUCCAACAAAGAGCACUUUUAUCUGUUGAGAUGGCUGUGGUGAGCACCUGAACGAGCCUCCGUGUGUACCUGAAUUUUCCCCAUAACUCAUUUCUUCCAUUUGAAGAAACACCAAACUAUGCACAGAUAACUUUUUACAAAAGCAGACCUUUUUUAAGCUGUGUAACCCACAUAGCCUAACCAUCUGGCAGAAUGACUACGAAUAGGGGUCAUUGUGCUGGUAAAAGCCUCUAUUAUGACUGUAAGUUGGACGUUGGCAAAAUUAAAUGGUUAUAGUAUUUAGAGCUGCUAUAGCUGUUCCUUCACAACAUAAAAUAGGAUAAAUGACUAGUACAUCUUUCAGGUGGGUGGCAGUCAGAACAUGGGUAAUACUCUCCACCUGGUCUGUAGCUGUGACUGUGAUUACAGGCAAAGCAAAAAUUAAAAGAAUUAUGAAAACAAAUAAUGCAAUGAUAUUAGGAUAUACACUUUUGUAUUUUUAUUCUUAUAUAAGGUUAUUUGCUGGCAAUUGUUGGCCUCUAGUUCAGUCUGUGUUAUUUAAAUUCUAAUAUAUGAAUUAUUUGGAUUGAAUUCAUGUUUGGGGCCACGUUGUUGUAUGUAUUGAUGUACAGCCUUGAAUGUGAAUAAUUAUUGUAAACUAUAUUUUACAACUUUUUUUCUGGCUUUAUUAUAUAAAUUUUCUAUUGGGUCAGUGAUUUAAUCAUAUAAUUUAAUGAAUCUGUUUAUUCUUUUUUUUUUUUUUUCCAAAUAUUUGUGCUUUAGGUGUAGUUACCAGAUGAUGAAUUUUCCUCGUAUGCUCAGUAGUCUUGUAAUAAAAAGCAUGUAGAGUGUA